AUGAUGCCGCCCGUACUUCAGUCCAUACCAACCAAUGUGCUGCUGCGAAGCGCUAAACAACCAGGUUUAACGACGCCGACGCGAGUCAGAAGGCAAGAACGUAUCACCAGCUCCAGUUCCAUGUCGCCAUCUGUGCCAGGUCCGUCUUCGAUCUCUCGUACCACGCUCAGCCAGCGGUUCCGACGCACCAUCCAGCAAGGCGAUCUGGCCGCGGCUCAGCGCAUCGCAGCAAGAGCGUUCGAGCUGCAACUCUUGCCCCCGCCGCCAUCUUCUCACGACACACAUGGCCCGCAUAUCGACCAGAACAGCCCGCACGCGCUCAGGGCAGCUCAACGUGCGGCACAGGCGCAGCGUUCGUCAUCAGAACAGCCUUUUGACAUUCGCAACGUCGAGUCGGUACCAGAACGCAUCGGCCUUCCGAAGCAUCAUCACCAUCGCAAGUACUCUCUCGCAAUUCACGAGGAAGUGCUUGGGGACGGGCCGAGCAGCGCCGACCCGAGUCUGGUGAUCGCCAUUCGAAGCAAUGCAGAUGUCGAGCUUGUUCGCUGGCUCAUCGAGAUGGGUCAUGAGCAGGAAGUAUCCAGCGUCGACGAGGACGGCAAUACAGUGCUCCACCUCGCAACGCUUUACGACCGGUCCGACAUCAUCUACGCAUACUCCACGUACAACAAUAGCCACCUUGCGUCCUCUCUUGCGGAGCUGAUCGACGCUGAGCAGUCUCAUGACCGGCGAACAGCGUUGCACCUGGCCUGCAUUCGCGGAUUCGAUGACGUAGCACGUCAGCUAUUGGACUUGGGCGCGGAUGUUGAUCUGCAGGAUCGUGCCGGCAAUACGGCGCUUCAUUUCGCAUCCGCAUGGGGACACCUAUCACUUGUACAGCUGCUUAUCGAGCGAGGCUGCUCGCUGGCGGUCAAGAACGUCGAAGGCUCGACGGCUGCCGACUACGCCUACUCUCAUAUCGUCAAAGAAGCGCUCGAGACGCUCGGGCGGGUACGCUACGAGAGUCGCAAAAAGACACGCCGCGUGCCUGUGGCCGCUGUGAUGCCUACACCCUCGCGGCCCUCCAUGUCGCUCGCAGACGACUCGUUUGCGUCCGAAAAGCAAUCGCGCUCACGCCCUUUCCCGUCCUUUCUCGGUCGGGGUGGCGGGCACAGUGGUGCGCCGAGAGGCAGCAUUGCCGCCACCACUACACCCGUGCGAUCGACGUUCGCAGACGACACAGCCGAUUUGUACGACGACUGGGAUCCAGAGAAGACGUUCGCUCAGCCAGGUCAGGACCUGCAGCCGAAGCGAUCGCUGUUCUCGUCCCCGUCGGGGCAGCAGCCGGGGGAUGGCUCAGUGAGCUAUGCUACACCGAGUCGGCCAUCGAUCGAUCUGUACGCUGAAAUGAUCCAACAGUCGCCCCGGGCACCCGCGAACGCCGCUCCCGUCAUCUCGUACGAUCGCACCGGAUCGCCUCAGCCCCGACCUGCAACGCGUCCGCCAGACGAGGACGCGACCCAACAGCAGGCGGGUGGCGAGAUCAAACGCUCUCUGUCGCCCAACAUCCGCCGCUCGCCCAGUCCGGGCCACGCCGCCGCAUCUGCCGACAAGGUGAGGAUGCAGGAUGCAGCGGCCAUGUCGUUGUUCCGCAGCGCGACGCCGCAGGCGAACGUGCCAGGGCGGAUCGAUACACCGCCGAUCGCAUUUCGCAGCGAGAGCCCCUUUCUGGUGGGUAGCAGGGCGGGUAAAGGUGGAGCCAGAUCUCCGACGCCGGGUAGGGACGGGAGAAGUGAGUCGAUGUCGACCGCGAGUGAUCACGGUGGGCCACCACUGUUGGCGCCUGUAGCGACGCUACCCGGGCAAGCUCACGUUGGCGAUGACGAAAGAGGCAUCAACGCGAGUCAACUGCCGUCGGAUGAGAGGUCAGGCAGGAGCAUGCACGAUCCGACCGGUGGCGCACGUCGCGAUUCUAGUCCGUCCACUCCUCGGCCUGCCGAAGAUCGGUCGACCUUCAUGUAA